GGAAUCAAUAUCGACAGGUUGUUGUGAUAUUUCCGGAAGUUUACAGGUGUGAUUUUAUUGUGGAUAUUUUCCAGGAAGGAAAACUGUUAUCAUCAGCAAAAAAGGUCGGAAUGUAGGACAAUGUACGUUUGUGACCCGGUGACACCAUCACCAGGACGGUUCUCCUGAUGGAAACCAUGGAUACGGUGGUCGCCGUAGCGAUUGGUGUUUUGGCAACCAUCUUCCUGGCAUCACUUGUGGGACUAUUUGUUGUGUGUAAAUACAGGUGUAAAAAAAGCACAGAUCUCAUCUCCUCACAGCACAAAGACACCAGACCCGAUAUCCAGCUGAUACAGGAUAGCCCUCAGGGGCAGAUAACUGAUGUAGAACUAGAUGAUGUUCGAAUUAAUAACCCGCGGCUGGACGCCAUCCUCCAAGAUGAGAACUGGGUGGAUGACGCAACGGGUCUUAUGCCUCACUGUAUCUCCAUACUGAAGACCUGCCAUCAACUCACAGAGAGGCUGGUUGCCAUGACGAUGGGAAACUCACAGACGAUUCAGACGCAAGAACUGCUUACUGACAUCAUCGCUGUGGCAAAGAGGAUUAAUCCGAGGGUAGAUGAGGUUGUCAGUUCUAUGUAUCCACCUCUGGAUCCCCGCCUUCUUGAGGCAAGAUGCACAGCCCUUGUGCUAUCAGUCAGCCAUCUUGUCCUAGUCACCAAGCAUGCUUGCCGUAUGAAUGGAGGGGUAGACUGGAUUGAUCAGUCGUUAGCCAAUGUAGAGGAGCAUUUAAGGUUUCUAAGAGAGGCCAGCCUUUGUUCAGAGUGGACUAGUCGACUUCCUUCAUGUGAUUCAGAUGAGGAGACGGAGCAAGACAUAGCCAAUCAAAUCACUCCUUCAAACCAGUCAUCGAUGGUGUAGACCAAUCAAAACAUUUGUUGCAUAUCAUUAAGGACAAGCAGUCUUCUUAUUUCAUAAAUGCUUGAUACAUUUAGCAUUACGUGACAUUGACUACCCGUUGUAUUGAAUAUAAAAUGAGAUAUUUAAAAAUUUAAAGCAAUGUUUUUGAAAUGUAAUAUACACAAAUGUACCUAUGAAUACAUGCAAUUAUUUGUUUAUAUCAAAAUAUAAAUAUAUGAUGUGUUGUGCCUUAAUAUCUAUCAUUGUAAAACAGAGUCACAAAUAUAUAUAAUAUUUAUGUUUUUAAGUUUUUAAAUUGGAUAGAAUUACAAGAUAGAUAAACAUAAAUGUUGCCAAAUCUUCUGUCUGUAAUAUCCUGUAAUAAGCCCAGAGGGCCAACACAUAUUUUAACGUUGGCUCAACGUCGGGGUGGGUUUGUUAGCAUUUCAACUAAACUGCAGUAGAUUAUGGGUGGGCAUGUUAACAGACAUGGGCUUACUGUAAACUGAUAAACUUAAGCUUGUAGAUUAUAAGAUUAUCCUCAAAUCUUGAAGCAGCUGUAAACAAAUUUGAAUAGUUUUAAGUUUCUCAGUUUAUUUGUCCCCAACUUAAACUGGGAGGACUGACAGGUUUCCCUCUCCGUCCGUCUUGUACGUAUGCACGUCACACCAAAGUUUGUCAGCGCUUUCGUGGCUGAUUCCUUGAGGAAUUUUGAUCAAACUUCACACAGUGAUAAUGAACCGUAAUAACUUGGACAAGUUUGAGUUUCAGGGUUUUGGUCAAAGUCACUUACUAUUUUUAGCGGGGCAUGUAGGGAACAUGUUUGCUUGCUUCCUGUGAUAAACCAAGGCAGCGUAGUCCUGUGAAGUGUUUAAUUCCUUUAACUUCUGAUUGUGAUGCUCAUUUCUCCCUCAAUUCUCAGGUACAUUCCAACUUUGGUAGGGAAAAGACAGCUCAUGCACUUUAAUCCGAAAAUGUCCGACCUCGUAAUAUCCUUCUAUUAAACGUAAAAAAUUACACUCUUGAGUUGAGGUAUCUCUGUAGACAUCAUACUGGUGUGAGAGACUAUGAACCACGGGAUGAGCUUAUUACUGAAGUCUCUUGAUCACACCUCUAUAUAUCACCUAUAAUUAGGGUCAUGGAUAUAUUUGUCUGGUAUAUUAAAAAUGUUCAUACUUUAAGGUACAUGUAGCCAGCAAUUCAGCAUUAAAACCUAAACUGAUAAUUGACCACUUGUGCCAGAAUCAUUGAAUACCCAUCAAAGAACUGCCACUGUAAAUGUUGGCUUUGAAUUAAAGAAUUAACUCAUUUAAUAGGAACACAGUCAUAGAAAGGGUUGCCUAGAUACCUGGAACUUUUAGUUUAAAUGUGUAUGGCAAAGCACUCUAAUGAGACAGGAAUUGAACUUUUGUAAUAAAAUCAAAUUUUAGCUUUAAACAUAAGUCAGUUUGAAAGUUUUCUUGUCUAAAAAUAAAGUACAAAUAUUUUUAGUUAUAUUUUUCAAAGCUUUUAUUGAUGUCAAAUUUUGGCAGAAGCUGUGUACAAUUUAUUUAGAGACUUAAUUCAGAACCAUUUACAGAUAUAUAUAUAAAUGUGUAUAUUUUGUACUACAUGUUCAAGUUGAUCUAAUAUUUUCUCUUGAAGUAAGAUGUCAGCUUAGUCCUCAAUUCACAGUGUUGAAAUUGCAUAUGUUCUAUAUAUAGCUAAAGGGAUAUUCUGCACUUUUUUUUUAUUUUUGUUUUUUGUUUUUGUUUAACAUCCUAUUAAUAGCCAGGGUCAUUUAAUG